AUGUCUUCAUUAACAGUGCAGUGUACCGCGCCAAAUGGUCGCACCUGGACCCAACCGACGGGGUUGUUUAUCAACAACAAAUGGGUGAAGUCCUCAGACGGCGCUAAAAUUGCCAGCAUCAACCCGGCGACCGCCAAAGAGAUCACAUCUGUGUAUGCCGGUACAGCUGAGGAUGUCGACUCCGCAGUUAAGGCUGCUCGCGCUGCGCUGAAUCACCCCAGCUGGCGGGACCUGUCGGGUCUCGAGCGCGGCAAGAUGAUGAAUCGCCUUGCUCAGCUUAUUGAGGAUAACAAAGAGACUCUGGCUACGAUCGAGACUUGCGACAACGGAAAGCCAUACUCUGUUUCCUUGAACGAUGAUAUGACUGAGACUGCCGAGACGAUCCGGUACUACGGUGGAUAUGCGGAUAAGGUCUUUGGACAGGUGAUUGAUACCACCGUGGACAAGUUCGCCUACACCGUGCGCCAGCCAGUGGGUGUUUGUGGCCAGAUUAUCCCAUGGAACUUCCCUCUCUCCAUGGCAGCUUGGAAGCUCGGUCCCGCUCUGGCUUGUGGCAACGCCGUUGUGCUGAAACCCGCCGAGCAGACUCCCCUCUCCAUCCUCUUCCUCGCUAACCUCAUCGUCGAAGCCGGAUUCCCUCCCGGCGUCGUGAACAUCAUCAACGGCCACGGUGCAGUGGCCGGUGCCAGCCUCGCCUCCCACAUGGACGUGGACAAGAUCGCUUUCACCGGAAGUACCGCCACCGCCAAGCAGAUCAUGAAGAUGGCCAGCGUGAACCUGAAGAACAUCACCCUCGAAACCGGCGGAAAGAGUCCUCUGCUCAUCUUCAAUGACGCAGACCUCGAGCAAGCAGUUGAAUGGGCACAUAUCGGUAUCAUGUAUAACCAGGGCCAGAUCUGCACAGCUACAUCUCGCAUCUUAGUUCAAGAUGAGAUCUAUGACCGCUUCAUCGCUGCCUUCAAGGCCCAGAUCAAGAAGGUCUCUAAGGUCGGUGAUCCAUUCGACGAGAACACUUUCCAGGGCCCCCAGGUGACGCAGGCUCAAUAUGACCGUAUCCUAUCCUACGUCGACGUGGGUACCUCUGAAAAAGCUACCCUCGAGUGCGGUGGUAAGCCCUUCAAGGGUCCCGGUGCUGGCAAUGGUUUCUUUAUCGAACCUACCGUCUUCACUAAUGUUAAGCCGAAUAUGCGCAUCUACCAGGAAGAAGUCUUUGGUCCCUUUGCUGUUAUCUGUCGCUUCAAGACUGAAGAAGAUGCCGUUCAAAUGGCCAAUGAUUCUACUUAUGGUCUUGGAAGUGCUGUGUUCACUACUAACCUGACCCGUGCUCAUCGUGUUGCGAAGCGCAUCGAGGCUGGUAUGGUGUGGAUCAACUCGAGCCAGGACAGUGAUUGGCGUAUUCCCUUCGGUGGUGUUAAGCAGAGUGGUAUUGGUCGGGAACUGGGUGAGGCCGGAUUGGAUGCUUAUUCGAGCUUGAAGGUCGUUCAUGUUAACAUGAAGUCUAAGCUGUGA